AUGUCGAGUAGUAGGGAUACUCAUUGGUGUUAUAAUUGCAUGAAGUCGGUUCGAUUGGGACGGCGACGUGCGGUUUGCUCUGGUUGUGAUGGGGGAUUUGUUCAAGAUCUUGAUGAUAUGGUUCAUGGUAGCCCUCCAGACUUUCAUGGAGUGGACAGCGAUGAAGAAUUUGGACAAAGGUUUUCUAGACAAGGCGGCAUUGAAGCUCUCUUAAACGGGACUCCAGGAGUUGGUGUGACUAGAGAUAACUCAGGUGACUAUUUUAUUGGUCCUGGAGUUACAGAACUGUUUGAACAGCUUUCGGCUAAUGACCAGCGAGGUCCCCCGCCUGCAUCGCGGUCCUCUAUAGCUGCAAUUCCUACUGUCAAGAUUGCGUCGAAGCAUCUUCAGUCAGAUCCAUCGUGUCCGGUAUGCCAAGAUGACUUUGAGCUGGGUUCCGAUGCAAAACAAAUGCCAUGUAAGCAUAUGUUUCACCCAGAUUGUAUAGUACCGUGGUUGGUUCAGCAUAACACCUGCCCUGUUUGCCGUCAAGAAUUGCCACCACAGGGAUCGAGCGGUAACCGUAGCUCGAGUAGAAGCAGUGGAAGAAGGAGAAAUCCUUUUUCCUUUUUGUGGCCUUUUGGCUCUUCUAAUUCUAGAAGUAAUGAUAGAGCAAUGGAAUGA